AUGCCUACUGUACCCCCACCACAACCUCCACCUCCACUACCACCUUUACCUGCCGAACAGCUUCCAGGUGCUCCAGAUGAUCAUCUUCUGGCUACGCUGGCCAAGGGCAUCGAGGCGUUGCUGCGCCAGCAGCAGAGUGGGCGAGGUGACCGGCCUGAAACCGUGAAGCCGGGUAUUACAGAGUUGCCACUUCUACCUGAGUAUCAGCGGUUGACGGGGUCAAUAGACUUGUUGCAUUGGUUGACUCACAUAGCUCCGAUAAUGGAAGAUUUGUCGGAUACCAGUCUGGCUUGGUGGCAGGAAACGAUGAAGGACGCCCUGAGGUGGUACAGUGAAUACGCCUCUGCUUCGCCGCUCGCUCGUCUUCAGCUGCAGCCCCGUCCGAGCACGGAGCUUCGCCCCGAGUGGGCGCGCGUGGAACGGCGUGCAACCGCUAUGAUGCUUUCGGCUGUACCAAAGACGAUCAGAGAGGAGAUCAUUGCCAAUGGUCAGGUCUCGUCGCUUGUAGUGCUAUGCAAGCUAUAUGCUGUGUACCAGCCUGGGAAUUUGCAGGAGAAAACGCUGGUGCUGAGGAUGUUGGAGCAACCAGAUGAAUGUCACACGGCCCUCCAGGCCGUUGAAGGGCUACGAAAGUGGAGCCUUUGGAGGAGGCGAGCUGCGACUCUUGGAAUGGCGGAACCCGAUGCAUCGGUUCUUGUGCGAGGGCUUGAUCGCAUAACUGGGCAGAUCAUCAAGGGGAGUGGCGAGCUGGCCUUUCGAGUGAGUUUGAUCCGGAGCACUCUUCAGGUGGAUGUAAGUCCUUCCUCAACUACGGUGACAACGUUUCUGCAGCACCUUCAGGCAGAGAUGGAACAGCAAGCGAGGCUCAACAAUAACCCAAAGGCCGAGGCCCCAGCAGCUUUGAGAGCGAUUACCAACCACGUGGACACAACGACAACCUCACAUCCAACUACCACUACACCUACUACCCCAACUUCACCAACGGCCCCAAGGAGCUCCGGCGGUUUGUGUAAGUUCUUCGCAUCAGACAAGGGAUGUCGAAGAGGGAAUUCGUGCCGGUUCCCUCAUACUUGGGCGCUUCUGGACAAAGGGGCGAGACAGCGAAAGUGCCUCUGCUGCGGAUCUACCCAGCACAAGGUGAAGGAGUGCCGCUCUCCCGGCGGUGGGCAAGCUACUCCGAAGUCAGGUGGGAGGCCCGUUCCGGUAGGCGCGAGCGACACCGGAGCCACGACAUCUACUACCUCCCCUACGGAUGCAGGUGUACGGCGAGUCAACUUUGAAGCGGUAGCCGAUGCCCAAGUGAAGGUGAUGAAGGUUUUGCAGGAGGUCCAGAAGUUGGAGGUCCUAAAGCCUAUCCUGAACGCCAUCAACCGAUGGACAACUACGACCUCGCCUAUGACAACCCCAAGGUCGCGCGAUGCCCUCCUUGAUUCCGGAGCAACCCACAUACUGAGGAGGCCAAGGGACCAUGAUGAAUGGCAGCAAGCCCGGGACGUUAGCGUUCAGCUAGCCGGGGACACAAGUGUCACUAUGAAACAGACCUGUGACGGCACCCUCCUCACGAGUGACGACUUAGCUCAAGUCAUCGUCCCCCUGGGGAAAGUUAUCUCCACCCUAGGAUACCGCCUGCACUGGACCCAGGAGGUGUGCGAGCUCCAGAGUGACGAGGGCGAGGUGUUGCCGCUAAGGGUGGUGAAGGGAUGUCCGGAACUUCCUCAGGAAACCGCAACGGCUUUGAUUAGUCAGCUUGAAGCCAAACAGCUACCUGAGCUACGACAGACUACCUCCGCCAGCGUGAAGGCGAUCACUGAGGUGAAGCAGAGCUGGUGGUCCCACUUGAUGAGUUAUAUUCAAAAUGGAGGUACUGAGUGCGGCAGAAGGGCAGUCGACAAGGCUGACUUUCUCGGCUACAAGGACGUGAUAAAGAAUGACAUGGUGAUCCGGCAGCCACGGCCGGGGAUUUGGGAGCUCAUGAAGGCUCUCACUUUGAACCGGAGAGCGCGGAAGCGCCUGUUGAGGGCGUCCUCGUGGAUGGUUCGUUGGGACCCACCUUCUGUGGAUCGCAGCCGUGAUGAGUUGCGUCAUUUGGCCUAUGUUGGGGACUCGGUGUACCUCAAUAUGAACACUUUGUUGGUUGAGAAUGAGUUUGUUGAUGUAUGGAAGGUGGUAUGGUGGGCAGCUGUUCAGGGCCUAGUUAGUACCGUGGUGGCACGGGACACCACGCUUCGUCCAAUGGACCAGCUUUCCGCAGCCCCCCACCGUGGCAAGGUGCAUUGGUUGCACGCGUUAUCCUCGGCUGGACGUGCCAUUCGAGGAGGAGAGCCUGUUCGUUUGUAUGUGGAGAACCCGAGUGCCUUGUCCACCACCGGAUCUUCUACCACACCGCCAACUUCGGUUCCUUGGAGUUCACACAGUGAUGCCGUGGCCUAUAUGAACGAGAUGGGCCUCUUUGAUGUGUUGGUGGAAAAGUUCACAGGGGGGCGAGUUGCCCGCCUGGCCAAGAUGGACUCGGAUGCAGCGUGGAGGCUGCACGUGAUGCGAAACCACACCCCGUUUCGACGGGAUUGCUCUGUUUGUGUGAGAAAUGCUGCUACAGGAAAGCAGCAUAGGGCAACAGCCCAUCCAUCGGCCUACACUUUAUCCCUUGAUGUUGCUGGACCAAUUCGUGGUCACGGUUUGUCCCCAGAUGGCAAACAUUUCAGAUACUUCCUCGUCGGCGCCUUUAGAUUGCCGGUCGUGGAAGGAGGUCUUGGACGCGAUGACGACCUUCAUGGUCAUCCUUUUCCAGAAGGCGACUUUGGGGAGGACGAGGAGCUGUCCGAGGAAGACGUGGACCCCGAGGAAGUACAGGUUGAGGAGGAGAUCCCAGACUUCAGCGGUGAUGACUUGCAAAAGGAGAAGGAGCAAUGGGAGCGACUCAAGGCUACGUUCAAGGAACCUCUUAAGACGGAGACGGUGUACUUUUGUGUGCCGAUCACUGGGAAAAAGGUUAUCUACACCUUGCCGGCCCUCCAGCAGAUGGUGACGGAGAUCAAGGCGCUUGGGUACCCGGUGGCUCGAGUUCACUCUGAUAGAGGAGGAGAAUUUCGUGGGAAUUUGGUGAAACGUUGGCUGGCCGCUCAGGGCAUCUUGAGGACUACUUCUACCGGUUCGGAGCCGGCCGAGAAUGGAGUCGCCGAAGCUGGGGUGCGCUAUUUAAAGCGGCGUGCCCGGACGUUACUUGAUGCGGCGCGACUACCACGGGUACAUUGGCCUACAGCUGUUCAGACGGCUGCUGUUCAGCAGCGUUGCUGGAAACUAGGGAUACCGGACCCCACCGUGGUCGCCUACGGAGCUAAGGUGUAUGUCAAGGUGAAAAAGUACAAGACCGGUGACGUGGAGAGCUUCACCCCCCAUUGGUUGCAAGGACAAUACUUAGGACCAUCCACUGAUGUGAGGGGUGGCCAUGUGAUCUUGAAGCCCUCGGGCACGUUCUUAACUACAACCCAUGUGAGGGUCACGGUUGAUCCUCCUCCGCUUGAUUCCCUGGUGCCAACGAUCGUUGUUGAUCCAGAAGACUGCGAUGAACCUCCUCUACCACCACCUUCCCAUGAACCUCCGGAUGGUGCCGGUGUGGGUGAUAUCGAACCACCAGGUGAACGUCAUGAACUACCUCCACCAAGAGUUCGCGCCCGGAAAAAGGGCCCAGGGAUUCGAAGAUUGCAACCUUUCUUCCCCGACUAUGUCUCGCCAAGCGAAGUGGGUGAUGAUUCCUCAUCUACUACAAGCACGGACCCUGAACUGCUGGUGUUACGAUCGGCUGAAACCUACGAGCUGGAGCUCAUGGCCGCGAAGAUGGUAGAGGCAGGUGUCCCCAAUGCGCGAGGCUGUGCUGCUCUAUUGGACAAGAUAGGGUAUGACUGUGGAAACCUCAAGGUGCCGCGUGCCAAGGACGGUUGUGGGAUUUUGCUCGGCGCCUAUGUCCAUGGAGGUGCAUUUGGAGUGACUUCAUUGGGUAAAGAACUAAAGUGGACCACCAUGUAUUUCAAUAAGUUCCUUACCAAGAAGCUCAAGCAGACAUUCCGAGCACAGGAUGGUGGUGAGUUUACAUGGGCGACGUUGGCGUUGCAGUAUGCCUCUGAGGUCCCGAUGCAUAGAGAUGUGCAUAAUCAACGGGGAAGUAAGAACUAUGUCAUUGAGAUCAAGUGUGAUGAAUAUGCUGGACUAUGGGUACAAGAUGAUCAUGACGAUCGGGGGGUUCAAGGUGGAACUCACGCAGUGGAUCAUCAGUGGCAAGCUGAAGAUGGAACCAUCCACAACGGUUGUUUGGUGGAUAUCAAGAAGAACCCCGCUAUUUUCAGUCCCAGGUUGACUCAUGGCUAUAUCAAGGAUACCGGAGCCAAAUGGUUUUUGUCAGCCUACACCCCUCAUGGUGUUCAUCGGCUGUCUGAGGCCGACAAAACACAUUUGGAAAGCUGUGGCUUUCCUUUACCUGAGCCACAAGUACGAGGUGAAGAAGCGGUGCUGGAAACCACACCGGCGCUAAAGGCAACCUCCUUUCCGCAGGAGCAUCAGUUGGAUGGAGUCCGCUUUUCCCCUGACGAUGUGGAGAAUGUGAGUGUUACUCGUGACGAUGAUGAAGCUUGUGGUGAUUGGGGUAUCUACGUUGAGGAGGAGGUACAAGGGGGUGGUGAUGGUAACAUACUUCGGAAGAUUUGUGAUUCUGCAGGCCCUGGGAACGAGGCAGAGUUGUUGUGGAGGACCUCUCAGUCAAUCCUUGGAUCCAACACGGAUGCUACGUACCAGGAGGAUUUAGCAGCGUGUGCUGAGGAAUGGGUUGGGGAAGAUGGAUGUUUGAGUCCAAGGGUUGCAAAGUUGGAGCCCGAGUAUACCCCCAACAUCGAGGAGGUGAUCAAGGAACUUAUCGAUAAUGACACCCCUCUUCGGCACACUCAUAAUGUGAGUCCUCAAGAAGUACGGCAAGUGCUACCCAAGUGGAAGGCUUCCAUCGAGAAAGAGCUUGGAGUUGUUGAGAAGGGUUUCAGACGGUCCACUGUCGAGGAGAUUCGCGACCUGAAGGCCACCCGCAAGGUUCAAGAGUUACCAGCAAAGUUGGUGUAUACAGUGAAACCACCGGCCAAUGACGACAAUAGCACCGGGGAAGCCAAGUAUUGCAAGCGCAAGGCCAGGAUUGUUUGUUGUGGAAACUAUGCGUCGCCCGACCAGGCGGACAUCUUUGCCUCCGGUGCGGCGGCCGAAAGCUUGAGGAGCUGUUUGACGUUCUCGGCAUGGUCGAGAUGGUUUACAGGACUCCUGGACAUCGCUGGAGCCUUCAUGUUGACUCCUCUUCCUCAAGGACCCGAUGAAGUUGUCUACGCGGUCCAGCCCCCGGCUGUGUUGGUGAAGUUGGGCUUGGCAUCAGAGAAUGAGCGAUGGAUCCUCACCCAUGGAAUGUAUGGGCUUCGACAAAGCCCUAGGCUUUGGUCUGAGUUUCGUGACCACACCAUCAAGGAGAUGAGGUUCCUGGCUGAGGAUGCUGAGUGGAUGCUGAAGCAAGGGGAUGCGGAGCCGAACCUAUGGCUACUUGUGAAAGUGGGAGAACCCCAAGGUAGCCCAGGUGCUUUAGUGUUGAUCUACGUUGACGAUAUCCUCUUGUGCGGACGAGUUGUUCUACUACGUUCCAUCGCUGCCAAACUGAGCUCAACGUGGAAAACUACGGAGUUGGAGAUACUUUCAGCGUCUCAUGGGACAAGGUUUUUGGGGUGUGAGAUCCUCACGACCGAGGCCAGGGACCGCUACUACCUCCACCAGCAGCCUUAUAUCAAGGAGAUUCUACGAGCACAUGAUGUACCCGACACCGCGACCUCUCCCAUACAGGCACCAAGACAUUUGGUCACGUUUGAGGCUGAGCCGGACGAGCCAAAGGGUGAUGAGCAAGAGAUCAAACUCGCCCAGCGUCUAUGUGGUGAGUUGUUAUGGUUGGCCCAGCGGACGCGCCCAGAUGUGAGUUUCACGGUGAAUGCAAUGGGUGCUUUGAUUAGUCGGGCUGCUCCUCGUUGCAUUGCUAUUGGGGUGCGACUUUUGUCCUACCUGCAGCACACUCAAGAGUAUGCCUUGACCAUAGCACCAACUUCAGAUGGCUUAAUCACCUUUACGGACAGUUCCUAUGCCCCAGAAGGGAAGAGGUCCCACUCCGGGAUCUUGGUGACCUGGAGAGGUGCUCCUUUGUCGUGGAGGGCAACACGGACCCCUUAUGUAUGCCUGUCAACGGCAGAAAGCGAACUUACCGCUGCAAUAGAGGGCCUAAAGAUGACGAUGUCCUUGGGUGCGGUCUUGGAGGAGCUGGUGGGUGUUGACUUACCGAUACAGUUGGCGGUGGACAACCAAUCCGCCAUCGCAAUCGCGAAGCCGGCUGGCUCGACUUCUUGGCGUACUAGGCACUUGCGAGUGCGGUCUGCGUUCAUCCGGGAACAGGUGCAGAACAACAAGGUUCAGAUAAGGUACGUCAAAGGCCAGCAGCAGCUAGCCGAUCUUCUUACCAAAUCAUUUCCACGCCAGAGGCUAGAGGAAUUGGUUGUGAUGUGGGGAAUUGGGCGCUUGACUGAGGGAGCAAAGACUACGAUGCUACGGGCCAUGAUCCUCUGCACGAUGAUCCAGUCAGCGCGGGCACAGGAACCUUUGGCGCUGGACACUAUGUCCAUCGAGCUCUACGCGAUGAUCGCACUGAUUGCGGUCAACCAGGAGGAUUCGCAGGCCUCCUUCCCCUACGGCAACCUCGAAGGCCCCUGCUAUGUCACCAGCCAGAUCAACCCCGCGGACUACAUCUAA